UCCAACAUUGAAAUGAUCAUAGAGAGAGACUAUACACAUACUGUGUGCUGAUUUAGAAAGCUAGCUCGCCGGAGAGACAUGGACGGAACAUCUUCGCCGGAGAAAUGCUCCAUGUGGCUUGACCUAAACAGAGAAGAGGCUGUGGAGAAGUACAAUGAAGAAGAGUCAUCAGUUGAAGACGAAGACCAACAAGUCACAAGUAGUAACAACGUGAGACAGUAUGUUCGGUCCAACAUGCCUCGUCUUCGUUGGACACCUGAUCUUCAUCUUUCCUUCGUCCGUGCAGUCCAACGACUUGGCGGUCCACACAGGGCGACACCUAAAAUGGUUCUUCAGAUGAUGAAUCUAAAAGGAUUGAGUAUUGCACAUGUCAAGAGUCACUUGCAGAUGUAUCGGAGUAAGAAGCUCGAGGCAACCUCUCUACAUGAUGUUGGAGCUAUGAUGGGAGCACAAAGAAACUAUUUGUUAGACAUGAUUGAUAUCCCAUAUGGUGAUUUAAGACAUGCCUAUUACCCUAAAACAGUUCCUUCAAGGGUACGCAAUCAAGACGCGAUCUUCACAAAUCUUGGAACUAACUUUGUAAUGCGACCUUCAAGCUGGUGUAAUAGGUUAAGUGGACAUGAAUUGAAUAAUGGCCGUGGUGAACUUGACAGAGACAGCAUGGAGAGCAAGACUCUGCCUCUGCUUGAGAUUAGGAGGACGACCCCAGAGAAAAGAGUCCGCGAAGAAGCGGCAAGAGAAGUAUCAUCUCUCAAACGAUCAAAACCAAUGCCCGGAGAUGGGAUCAACACGAUGCUCUCGCUGUCUCUGUUCUCGACAUCAUCAGGAGAGUCACCGUAGUCAUGGCAUCUGACAUAGUAGAGACGUAAACGUUCAAACUUUAAGGGGAUUCAAGGGUAGAGAUUGUUUCCUUAAGCCCAUUUCUUGCGAUGAGUACUUAGCCAGGAUCUGGGUCAGGCUUGAUUCAGAUCCUGUAAGUACUUCUCUAUAUGAGUUUUGUAUUCUUACAUAAAAUCAGAAUAAAUAAGUCGUUUUAACUUUAAAAAAAAAAAAGACCAAAGAACCAACAACAUGAGAAGUCAUUGUUCAGAUGAAAAGU